AUGGGGACUACUACAAGUUUUGUGUCAACUUUGGCAAGUGAUGGUGGUAGAGGGAUAGGGACAAGGACUAUAGCAACGACAAAUGUAACUUUGGGUUCGACUAGUGGAGGGUUAAGGAAUCCAGCAGGUUCAAAUGCAACUAUUGUUUCUAGUAAUGGAGUUUUAAGGAAUCCAGCAGGUUUAAAUGUAGUUACUAUUUCUACUGGUGGAGGUUUAAGGAAUCCAACAGGUUUAAAUGUAGCUACUGCUUUUACUAGUGGAGAGUUAAUGAAU